ACGGGCGGGCGUGGUCCGGUAGUCGAUCAGAUCAUUCCAGCAAAUAAUUUUGAUAUCUUGUUUGCCUGUGAGAAAUGGCUGAGGGUCCGAAAACCGAGUACAAGAUCAUUCUAAUCGGAGAUCCAAAUGUUGGCAAGACCAGCUACUUUCUACGGGUCAGAGAUGGGAACUUUGUUGAGACAGAAGAGCUACGUAGCACGAUACUGAGUGGAGUGGAAUAUCUAAAAUACGAAAUGACGAUAGACGACUGCAAAAUCUUAGUCCACCUGCACGACACUGGUGGAGGAGAGAGAUUUAGGACUUUGACCUCCAAUUUCUACCGGCAUGCAAAUGCUGCUAUUCUCAUGUUCAGUGUUGAAGACAGAUUCACAUUUGAGAAUCUCCAAGAAUGGUAUGAAAACGCGUCUGAAGCUUUACCCGACAUUGAUAACUUUGUGUGGGGUGUUCUGGGAAAUAAAAUUGACCUACCUCUAGAGGUGGAUGAGGAAAGUGUUGAUAUAAAGUGUGAAAAUAUUGGGACUAAACUCAAGUUCUACACUUCUGCAAAGACGGGGGAAAUGGUUAAGGAAUCACUGGAGGAGGUUAUCAGAGAAGUGCACAAGCAGUCCAUGGCUAGAAGAGCUACUGGGCAUGGGAUGGAUACUUUCCGACCGAGUGGGGUCAAGAUCACUAGCACUCCUGGCAGUAGCACCAAUAAAUCUAAAUGCUGCUAAUUUUCUAUAAACUAUUGUAAAGUUAGUGUGUGUGUGUAUUUUCUAAUGGUGUGUGUGUGUUUAUAAUUAUAUGAAAAAGGUUG